AUGGCGGUGCUCCUGGAAACAUCCAAGGGCAACGUCGUGAUCGAUCUCCUGUGCGACGACGCCCCGAGGACGUGCCUGAACUUUUUAAAGCUCUGUAAGAUUCGGUAUUACGACCACUGUAAGUUUUUCGACGUGCAGAAGGAUUUCGUGUGCCAGACGGGGGACCCGACGAAUUCGGGCGACGGCGGCGCGUCGGUGUUCGGGUUGUUGGCGAAGGAUGAUGAAAAGCUUCGGUAUUUUGAGGAUGAGAUCCACGCGACGAGAAAACACGAUAAGAUUGGAACGGUGAGCAUGGCGCCGAGAGGGAGGAACGGGAACGCGUCGCAGUUUGUGAUUACGACGAGAGAGGGCGCGGUGGACGCGCUCGACGGGACGCGGACGAUUUUCGGCGAGGUGAGCGAGGGAUUAGACGUUUUGAGGGCGAUCAACGGGGUGUACGUCGACGAGAACGGACGCCCGUGGCAGAACGUUAGGAUUAAGCGGACGAUCGUGUUGGAUGAUCCGUUCGAUGACCCGCCGGGAUUGGAAGCGUUGAUCCCCAGCGGGACGCCGCCGAGGAACGAAGAGGCGGAGGACGAUAGAUUAGAGGAUGAUUUCGACGUCGAAGCUGAGUUAAACAAGGAUGCGUCAGUGGUUGAGGAGGAGAAGCGCGAUAGAGAGGCACACAAUCGAGCGGUCGUGCUCGAGCUCAUCGGAGAUCUCCCAGACGCCGAGGCGAAGCCGCCCGAGGAGGGACUCUUCGUGUGCAAGCUCAAUCCGGUGACCACGGACGAGGACUUGGAGAUCAUCUUCAGCCGAUUCGGUAAGGUGCUAUCAUGCGACGUCAUUCGAGAUUUUAAAACGGGCGCGAGUCUCGGGUACGCGUUCGUGAACUUUGAGCACAGACACGAAGCCGAAGCGGCGUACUUCAAGAUGGACAACGUCUUGAUCGACGACAGACGCGUCCACGUAGACUUCUCGCAGUCAAUGCACCAUCUCUGGAAGAACUUUAAGCGCUUCGGGAAGAACGGUGGGACAUCCGAGGAUCACGACGCGGCGGAGGGUAAGGUAUCGAGUAGAGGCAUGAAGCGCACGUUUCAAGGUUCCGGACGCACGACGUUUGAGCUCAAGUCAAACGCCAUGGGACACAUCAGCGGCGGCAACGCCGCCAUGGCCAUGGCUGAGGAUAAGAGGGAUCGCGAUCGCGAUAAAGGACGAACGCGCGAUCGAUCGAGGGAUAGGGACAGAGAGCACAAGCGCGACCGUUCGAGGGAUAGGGGCAGAGAGCACAAGCGCGAUCGAUCGAGAGACAAGGAUCGCAAGCGCGAUCGAUCGAGGGACAGAGACAGAGACAGAGAUAGAGACAGGGAUAGGGACAGGGAUCGUAAACGCGAUCGAUCGCGAUCGCGGGAUCGAGAUAGAGACAAGAAGCGGGAUAGAAAACGAUCUCGCGAUAGAGACGAGCGCGACCGACGUUGA